ACAAAAGCAAAACAUUUUCUCUUUAAUUUAGUUGUAUUCACUUUUGUCUCUGAGAAUCUUUGCUUAUUCUCUCUCAUUUUCUUCUUUCUUUCUUCACUCGAUCAAUAUGGCCCCUAAUAUGUUGACAAGUGUGACUGCCAAUGGCACCAUGGGUGAACAACAACGCAAAGCUUCAAGUCGUGCCUUCGUGACUUUCCUUGCUGGAAAUGGUGACUAUAUUAAAGGAGUGGUGGGUCUGGCCAAAGGGCUGAGGAAGACUAAGACCAUCUACCCUCUUGUGGUUGCUGUCCUGCCUGAUGUCCCUCAAGAACACCGCAACAUCCUCAAAUUUCAAGGUUGCAUUGUUAGAGAGAUCGAACCUGUUUACCCUCCUGAGAAUCAAACCCAGUUUGCCAUGGCUUAUUAUGUCAUCAACUACUCUAAGCUCCGUAUUUGGGAGUUUGUGGAGUACAACAAGAUGAUCUACUUAGACGGUGACAUUCAAGUAUUUGCCAAUAUUGAUCACUUAUUUGACCUUCCUGAUAACUACUUCUACGCUGUCAUGGACUGCUUUUGCGAGAAGUCAUGGAGUAAAACCUCUCAGUACAAAAUUGGUUAUUGCCAACAAUGUCCUGAUAGGGUUCAAUGGAAAUCUGAGCUUGGUCCUAAGCCUCCUCUCUAUUUUAACGCUGGCAUGUUUGUUUAUGAGCCUAAUUUGUCUACUUAUUAUGACCUCCUCAAAACAUGCCAACAAACUGAGCCAACUUCUUUUGCUGAGCAGGAUUUUCUGAACAUGUAUUUCAAGGACAAGUAUAAGCCUAUACCUAAUGUGUACAACCUUGUCUUAGCUAUGUUGUGGCGUCACCCUGAGAACGUCGAACUUGAGAAAGUGAAAGUGGUUCACUAUUGUGCUGCUGGAUCAAAGCCAUGGAGAUACACCGGCAAGGAGGAGAAUAUGGAGAGAAAAGACAUAAAGAUGUUGGUUAAGAAAUGGUGGGAGAUAUAUGAGGAUGAGAAAUUGGAUUACAACAACGGUGUGGAUCGUUUCAAGUCAGCACUUGUGGAAAUCCGUGGUCUUAAGUUUGUCCGAGCUCCAUCUGCUGCCUAAUAAUUAAGCCUUGUAUUACUGCUAAUUAUUAUUUACUCUACUUUUUGUUGAGUAUGACAAUACCUACUUAUAUAGGUGGUUAAAUAUUUUUUUUGUGUUUUUGAUUUCUGAUUAGUGGUUUUUUAUUGUCUUUCUUUUUAGAUAGUUUGGUUAUCAUAUAAACCAUGUAUAUAUAUGCUCU